UCAUGACGUCAGCAGCAAGCCGCAGUGGCGACAACAGCAAGCCGCAGUGGCGACAACAGCAGUCCGGUGGGGUCGGAAGAAUCACGACGAGAUGGUCGUCACCAGGGAAUACCGUGUGGUUUUACCCUGUAGUGUUGAAGAGUAUCAAGUGGGACAGUUGUUCUCAGUGGCAGAAGCAAGUAAAAAUGAGACGGGUGGUGGCGAAGGGAUUGAGGUCCUGAAGAAUGAGCCAUAUGUGGAAAAUAAUGAAAAAGGACAGUAUACACACAAAAUCUACCACCUGAAGAGUAAAGUUCCAGGGUUUGUAAAGCUCUUUGCACCAGAAGGUGCUUUGAUAUUUCAUGAAAAAGCUUGGAAUGCUUACCCCUACUGCAGAACAAUUGUGACGAAUGAGUAUAUGAAAGAAAAUUUCUUUAUCAAGAUCGAGACAUGGCAUAAACCAGAUCUUGGAACACAAGAAAAUGUGCACAAACUAGACCGUUCUGCGUGGAAGGAAGUGACUGUUGUGCCCAUUGACAUUGCAGACAACAGCCAGGUUUCCUCUGCUGAUUACAAGCCAGAUGAAGACCCCACCAUGUUCAAGUCUGUUAAGACAGGAAGAGGACAACUUGGGCCUAACUGGAAGAAAGACUUGGCUAACAAAACUGACUGCCCGAAAAUGUGUGCUUACAAACUGGUCACAGUCAAGUUUAAAUGGUGGGGCUUGCAGAGUAAAGUGGAGAGCUUUAUCCAUGAGCAAGAAAAGAGGAUCUUCACCAAUUUCCACCGUCAACUUUUUUGUUGGAUUGACAAGUGGGUGGAGCUGACAAUGGAAGACAUUCGACGAAUGGAGGCAGAGACCCAGAAGGAGCUGGAUGAGCUCCGCAGUAAAGGUGAAGUAAGAGGAACAAGUGCUGCCGAGGAAUAAAGCGGCAAAGAGUUUUUAGACUGCCACGAUGGCGGCUGCUAACGGCGCUCCUUCUGUGGCGUUACUUUUUUUUUAACUCUUAUCACUUAAAGCACGAGGUCCUGCAAUCCAUAGAGCAGAUCCCCAUCUUGCACCCAAUCUAUCAUCUGAGGACUCGAUUACUAGACCCCACUACAAUCUUUACUGACUUCAUUUAGAUUUCCCCGACCUGCCGGAUGGAUAAGAAAAUGAACAUUUUGAUCAAGAUACAUUUCACAGCAGCACACUUACAGUAUCUGUUAAAACUUCCAUUGGCAGAAGCUGGACCAAAUAUUUUCUCAAUAUUCUGUUGGCUUUGUGUCAGGUUUUAGCCCCCAAAACAUUCCUCGUACAGUCUGGUUUAACACUUAGGCUCCAAUAGAUACCUCCUUCGCGCGAGUAUAUUUGUGCGCCAUACCCGUGUUCCUUCCUGUGUCCCCCCCCUCCCCCACAGCCUCCAUUAAGAGAUUACUCGCUGCCUUUUCACCUCAGCCUGUCGUAAUCCCUCCAUCAAGCCACCUAUCCACCAGCGCUGCAUCUAAUUAACACUGACAAUCAUGCCUGUGCGGGUCUUUACACAUGCAUGCAGACGACACGUCUAAAACGGGCACCAGCAGACGUGCUCUGAUUCACAGGUGCACAUGCCUUUGCAGUGACUGAACCUGGGCAGAUCCCCGCAUGCAUGAUCAGCCAGGCGAUGUUAAUUUGGACGCAUCUAUUCCUUCCGUUCACAUUUCCCACGCACUCCUUACUCACAACCAGCAUGCAACACGGCAUUAGGGGGAAACUACUUACCCAGUGCACCUCAGCUCGGUGUAUCUUCCUCUUUCUCGGUGCUUUGUCAGUGCUCAAUCAAAACCAGUGCCACCUGUGGAUCGACCCCACCUCUGGACCUUUUUGGACCGAUCUCAACUACUGUAAUGCUCGCUUUAGCUACCUCCCUUGUUUCUGACCUACCAUUUCCCUGACGCCUAAAAGUUGGGACUUGUUGCAGGGCUCUAUGUUGUGAUAUCAGAACUUUAUUAUAUCCUCUUUUGUGUGUCACGUCUCUACAGCUCGACCAACUAAUUGAUGGGCAUGCCAUAUUUUAAUGAGCCCUGACUUUCAACUUCAGUGCUGUCUAGUCCUUCUAAUCUGGUAAGGACUGUCAUUCUGAAUCAUCAAUAGUAUUACCUGUUCAUUUCACUGUUCGUUUUUUUGUGUCGUCAUGAGAAGCGUAUACAUCUCAUUGUAGUUAAGUCCUACACAAUCAGUCCAAAGAGUGUUAAUUCACUUGUUUACAUGCAGCUGGUAAAGUAGGACAAUAAGGCAGCACUUUAAAACUGUCUUCGAUAUCAUAUAUUCAUUUCUUUUUGCCACUUGGAAGGGGAUUCAUAUGCUCCCAUUUGUCGCAGUUUAUCAGACACAUGAAACGUGACGAAUUAGGGGGUUUAUUAUACUGUAGAAUGUUGAAUAUCUGAAAAUGUGCUUUGUGGCAAUUCCAAUUUUGACCACAGCGUCCGUUGCUAUGUUCAGCAGAGUGCAUUGCAAAAUGAUUAACCCCCGCUCUUCCUCUCACGCAAGAUCCACCCGGGGAUAGUUGCAGUUUACCGAACACAUGAAACGUGACGAAUUAGGGGGUUCAUUAUCCUGUAGAAUGUUGAAUAUCUGAAAAUGUGCUUUGUGGCAAUUCCAACCUUGACCGCAGCGUCAGUUGCUAUGUUCAGCAUAGUGCAUUGCAAAAUGAUUAACCCCCGCUCUUCCUCUCACGCGAGAUCCACCCAGGGAUAGAGUCAUAUGAAUCGCUUCCGUACUGUAUUUGCCUUAAUUGGAAAUUAAGUAUUAUAUUUGCAAUUUGGUGCGAAGUGAUUAGUUUGUGCCUUUUUAAUGAACUGGAUAAAUGAUAGAUGAUUUGUCGGCUUGUUUCCGUAGUUGCUGCAGAAAUGCACAUUUUCAAGUCUGUCUCAUUGACUCCUGAUGAACAGUCACGCAAACAUGGAGCUUUUUGAAAGAGUGCUUUCUUGCUGCAACGAUAUUCUCCUGCUCUGAAUUAUACAAACUGUAAAGAAAUCAAAUGCAAACUAUUUGCUUUUUUUUUUUUAGAUUAGAUUUUGAAAAUCAGGGGAACACUGUAAUGAAUGUAUCAAAUGUCGUGCCUUUUCUGCCUGGAGAUUCUUAAGUGUACCUGUCUUAUCUAAAUAUGGAAUAAAUUUUGAGAAAAAUA